AUGUCAAUGAAUGCAAUGAAAUGGCUAAAUAUUGCAACUUGACUAGUAGUGAUUGUAAGAACACUAAUAGAAGUUACAGUUGUACUUGCAAGUCUGGGUGGAUAUUGGAAAACAACAGUUGUGUUGAUAUCAAUGAAUGCAAUGAGUUGGCUAAAUAUUGCAACUUGACUAAUAGUGAUUGUGAGAACACUAAUGGAAAUUUCAGUUGUACUUGCAAGUCUAGGUGGAUAUUUGAAAACAACAGUUGUGUUGAUGUCAAUGAAUGCAAUGAGUUAGCUAAAUAUUGCAACUUGACUAAUAGUGAUUGUGAGAACACUAAUGGAAAUUACAGUUGUAAUUGCAAGUCUGGGUGGAUAUUUAAAAACAACAGUUGUGUUGAUGUCAAUGAAUGCAAUGAGUUAGCUAAAUAUUGCAAUUUUACUAACAGUGAUUGUAAGAACACUAAUGGAAGUUACAAUUGUACUUGCAAGUCUGGGUGGAUAUUGAAAAACAACAGUUGUAUUGAUAUCAAUGAAUGCAAUGAGUUGGCUGAACCUUGCAACUUGACUAACACUGAUUGUGUGAAUACUAAUGGAAGUUUUAACUGUACUUGCAAGUCUGGGUGGAUAUUGAAAAACAACAGUUGUGCUGAUGUUAAUGAAUGUGAUAGUUCAAUUGAUCUUUGCUACGCGACAAACACAGUUUGUGUCAACAGCAUCGGAAGCUAUUAUUGUUAUAAAGGAGAGUGGAGCACAUGGAGUGAAUGUAGUGUAACAUGUGGAUCUGGUUACAAAUACAGCAUUUUAAAUACACAGGGUAAAUCUGAACAAGAAGCCAACCGGAGUCUACCAUGCAUGAACACAAAGUGUUCAGUUGAUGGGAAUUGGAGCAAUUGGACUACCUAUAAAUCAUGUUUAGACUCAUGUGGUAUUUGUUAUACAAGACUAGAGAGGUAUUGUAACAAUCCUGCGCCAGAUAAUGGUGGUCAUGAUUGUUUUGGUAAUAAUGUUCAAUAUCAUGAAAAUAAUACAAUAUGUAGAGUGAAUGGUGGUUGGACACAAUGGUCUUCAUGGUCAUUAUGCAGUCAGCCAUGUCAAGGUGGUGUAAAGACAAGGUAUCGUAGCUGCACAAAUCCAGUACAAAAAUAUGGAGGUUUGCUGUGUAAUGGAAAUAAUACAGAUGAAAUUACUUGUUAUUCAGAUAAAUGCAAAAACGUGACAGCCAACUUUAGUAUUAUUUUUACAGAUGAAGAUUAUAAAGUACAGUAUUCAAAUCCGUCUGAUGAAAUAUAUAAACGAUUCGAAGACAAAAUUAAAACUGCAAUAGAAAACCUUUAUAACAAGUUCAAUAUAACUGUAUCUUUCAACUUGAAGUUGAAUUCCAUCAAAAACGGAAAAGAUUAUCAAACGAAACCUUAAUCGAUUAAAUAAAAAGAUCUCAGGCAUGUUUAUAUUUUCUGGCAGUUGAUUAAAAAAAUUUAAUAUCAAACUUUUAAAUUUAAAAAAUGUAAAAUACGAAACUUUUUUUUUUUCAUUUUUUAUUUAUUUAACAAUUUAUUAUCGAAGAUUAGAUAAAUCAAUUUUUUUUUUUUUUU